AUGAGCUGGAGCUUCUUAACUCGCCUCCUUGAGGAAAUUCACAACCACUCAACAUUUGUGGGGAAAAUCUGGCUCACAGUCCUCGUGGUGUUUCGGAUCGUUCUCACUGCUGUGGGCGGCGAGUCCAUCUACUAUGAUGAGCAAAGCAAAUUUGUGUGUAACUCAGGCCAGCCAGGCUGCGAGAAUGUGUGCUACGACGCCUUUGCACCGCUCUCACACGUCCGCUUCUGGGUGUUCCAGAUCGUUCUUGUAGCCACACCCUCUCUGAUGUACCUUGGCUAUGCUGUCAACAAAAUCGCACGGUUGGAGGAAGGCAAAGAGGGCGUCACCAGCUCCUCAGUGAAACUUUCAAAGAGCAGAAAGUUCUACUUGGGCGGAUGUCAGAACCGAGGUCUGGUGGAUGCCGAAGAGGACCAGGAAGAAGAUCCAAUGAUUUACGACACGACCGAAAAGGCAAGCCGAAAUGACAGCACACCUCCAGCUACAACGGGAAGUGGUACCAAAAUGCGACACGAUGGACGACAGCGAAUCCAGCAAGAUGGACUGAUGAGAGUUUAUGUCCUCCAGCUGGUCGCUCGGUCUACUUUAGAAAUAUGCUUCCUGAUUGGUCAGUACAUGCUUUAUGGUUUUGCUGUCCCGGCACGUUAUGUAUGCUCGAGCAAACCAUGUCCUCACAAUGUGGAUUGCUUUGUUUCCCGUCCGACGGAGAAGACAAUCUUUUUGCUCAUCAUGUAUGCCGUCACCAUGCUCUGCUUGCUCCUCAAUAUCUGGGAGAUGCUCCAUCUUGGACUGGGCAUUGUUUUCGAUCUCCUGCUGGCCAGACAGCGGUGUUAUGGCCCAGACGAUGACUUUGACAUGAGCGAGGAUAACAGACAAGGAGGAUAUGGAGGGUAUGCCCCAUCCUGGACAUCUCCUUCAGCACCGCCAGGCUACAACAUCGUGGUGAAGCCAAAAACAGCGCCAUUUAAACAAAAGGAGGAGGAGGAGGAGGCGUCAUCCAAGGCACAUCAGCAGCAGUAUGGAAGCACAGAAGACAACUUCCUCCAGUUACAGAAAGCAGUGGACAAGACCAGAAAGGCAAAGCAACAGCAUGACGAGAGAAAACGACGAGAACAUGAAAGAAACAAGAGAGAAGGAAGCAGAGGGGACCGAGGGAGCAGCCGCAGCAGCAGCAAGUCAGACGAGGGGAAGUUGUCUGUUUGGAUUUGA